AUGUCGCUUUCCGAAUUAGAACGUUCUGGUUGUUUAAAAAUACUUACAUUGAUGUCGAAAGUGGACCUUCUUUCCCUGGUUGACACCGUUACUAACAAAAUGAUUGCUGUGGAGAACGUUACAGAAGCCAGAGAGACGAUCCUUUCAUUCUCUAAAAAUGCAGAGGAGCUGCUGAAAAGGAAGAAAGUUCACAGAGACCUCAUAUUCAAAUACCUGGCAAAAGAAGGGGUGGCAAUGCCCCCCAGUAGUGAAAAGCACCAGUUAGUGAAGAGGACACUGGCGCUCUGGUCAACUGAGAAGGGGGCGGUUAAAGAACAUAUUCCUCAGGCGACAGAUGACAUGGAAGAGAGACCGGUACCAAAGAUGGCAGAAGAGACAGCAGACACGGAGGCUGACUAUGACCGUGAGACGUUGGUCUUAGGGCAACAGUUCUGUAGUUGGUUCUUCCAACUGUUGAAUAGUCAAAACCCAUCACUGGGCCAACAACCUCAAGAUUGGGGACCGCAGCACUUCUGGACGGACACAAAACUCAACCUUGUUGCUAGUGCUGGCAAUGAGCAAAUGGAGGAGUUUGCAGGUGCCGAACUGGUCAGCUGUCGUCUCUUGGCGUUGACCAAGGAUGAGCGUCUCCAUUUCAGCCCCAACCUGGAAGCAAAUGGCCUCAAAGCACUGGCCUCACCCCACGGCCUGGUUCUGGUGGCCGUGGCCGGGACUAUCCACAGAGACACAGCCUGCCUUGGCAUAUUUGAGCAAAUAUUUGGACUCAUUCGCUCACCGAUGGAUAAUAACAGUUGGAAGAUCAAGUUUGUCAACAUGAAGAUUAGAGGACAAGAUGCUAUAGUAGGGACUCAGACGCCAGUACCAGCCCUGAUGUACAACUCCAGUGACUUACUGAUGCUUUCUACUCAGUGA